AUGGAGGAGAAAGACUUGGAAAUGGAGAAGAUGAACCUGCAGUUAGAGGAGAAGAACAGAGAGAUGGAGGAGAAGAUGAACCUGCAGUUAGAGGAGAAGAACAGAGAGAUGGAGAAGAUGAACCUGCAGCUAGAGGAGAAGAACAGAGAGAUGGAGAAGAUGAAUCUGCAGUUAGAGGAGAAGAACAGAGAGAUGGAGAAGAUGAACCUGCAGCUAGAGGACAAGAACAGAGAGAUGGAGAAGAUGAACCUGCAGCUAGAGGAGAAGAACAGAGAGAUGGAGGAGAAGAUGAACCUGCAGCUAGAGGAGAAGAACAGAGAGAUGGAGAAGAUGAACCUGCAGCUAGAGGAGAAGAACAGAGAGAUAACUGAGAGAAACAAAAAUCUAGAAGAGGGCAGGAAGGCUCUUCAGGAGAAAGACAAACAACUGAAAGAUAAAGAUGUGGAAAUGGAGGAGAGGAAAAGACUUGUACAUGAGAGAGACAAACAGAUAGAAGAGAGAGAAAUCAAAAUCAAGGAGAGAGACAAGAGGAUAGAGGAGAGUGAGAACAACUCCCAGGAGAAAACCAAACAAUUAGAGAUGAAAGACAAACUGCUGGAGGGAAAGGACUUGCAGAUUAAAGAUGGAGAAAAUAAUCUCAAGGAGAAGAUGCAACUUCUGGAGGAGAACAAAAAGAGACUGAUGGAGAGAGAGAAGAUGCUGGAGGACAAGAAAAGAGAGAUGGAGAAGAUGUUAAAACAACUAGAGGAGAACAAGAAAGAGGGGGAGAAGAUGACACAACAGCUAGAAGAGAAGAACAAAGGCAUGGAGAACAUGAACCGACAACUUGAUGAGAAGAAUAAACUCCUCCAUCAAAGAGACACAGAACUGGGGAACAUGACUACACGAGAGAGGGAGAGAGAGAGUUUACUGGAGAACAUGAUUAAACGAGAGAGGGAGAGAGAGAGUCUACUGGAGAACAUGACUAUACGAGAGAGGGAGAGAGAGAGUUUACUGGAGAACAUGACUAUACGAGAGAGGGAGAGAGAGAGUUUACUGGGGAACAUGUCCAGUGAGGUAGAGACCACUAAAAGACAACUGGAGUCACUGGAAAAGGAACUGCAGGACAGGAACAGCCAACUACAGGACCUGAGAACCCAACUGCAGGAACAAGAGAGGGAGCUGGAGGAGAGAAAUAAACAGCUGGAGGAGAGAGAUAAACAGCUGGAGGAGGAGAGAGAUAAACAGCUGGAGGAGAGAGAUAAACAGCUGGAGGAGGAGAGAGAUAAACAGCUGGAGGAGAAAGAUAAACAGCUGGGGGAGAGAGAGGAAGAUCCAGAUCCUCCUCCCAUCAGGAGAAGACGGAGUUUGGAUUAUCCUCCACUCAUGGGAGGAGAGAGUCCUGGUCCAGCCCCCCCAGUGUCUCCUGCUGUGUCUGAGCUGAGGCUGGUGCUGCUGGGGGGGAGCACAGCUGGGAAGAGGGCAGCAGGAAACACCAUCCUGGGCACACACACACUCACACACACAUCCACAGAGACCCAGCACAGUGAGAGCAGACAGGGGGAGGUGGCUGGGAGACGGGUGACCGUGGUGGACACUCCAGACUGGUUCUGCAGUGGACUCUCUGAGAAGGACAUGAGACAGGACGUGGGGCUUUGUGUCCGUCUGUCUGCCCCAGGACCUCACGCCUUCCUCCUGCUGAUUCCAGUGGAGCCGUCUGAAGGGGAGGAGAGGAGGAUGCUGGAGAAAAUGGAGGAUAUUUUUGGGGAGGGCUGUUGGGGACACACACUGAUCCUCUUCACCCAUGCUGAGGGGCUGAGAGAGAGGAGUGUGGAGGAGUUACUCCAGACAGGGAGCCAGGAGCUCCAGCAGCUGGUAGAGAAAUGUGGCAACAGGUGUCACCUUCUCAAUGUUAAGGACAUGCCUGAUGACACUAAGAUCACACAGCUGCUAGAGAAGAUAGAAGAGAUGGUGUCAGGAAACAGAGAGCAAUUCUACAGCACUGAGACCUACCAGGAGGCAGAGAGACAGCUCAGAGAGAUAGAGAGAAGGAUGCAGAAAGAACGAGAGGUGGAGGAGAGGAAACUGAGGGAGGAGAGAGAGAGAAGAGAGGAACAUGAUAAAAAUGUGCAGGAGUCUCUGAAGAAGAUGGAGGGAGAGAUUCAGCAGCAUGAAACAGAAAUCAGGACAUUGAGUGAGAAAACAACAGAACUGGAGAGAAAGAUGAAAGAAGAGAGGGAUGAGGAGAAGAAGAGAGAGAUAGAGCGAGAACUGAAUAAAGAGAUUGCACUGAGAGAAGAGAUGGAGAGAAAGCUGAACAGAGUGAGAGAAAAGAGAGAAAGAGAG